AUGUCGACUUUGGGAUCACUGUGCAAUCUGACCAACUUUCUAUCCAUCUUCACUUUAGUGAAUUGUAGCACUUCAUGUAUGAAAUAUGAGCACUGCAAGUUUUAUCCAGGUCAUCAUUUAGACUGUUUUGGUAGGUGGGUUGGAAAUGGUAAAAAACAAUGGAGAUGUGAAUGGGAACCGGGAACCAGUGCACACAGAAAUACCUAUACGCUCUUCAAACAACAAGGAGAAUACUGUGGAGCAAAAGACAACAUUUCCAGUCAAAAUAAAGAAAUUACAAUUUUUCAAAAGCGGGACCUGACUGUUUUACUUGUAGAAAAUCUGAAGUCACCAAACUGUACAAAGGCAGUUUUCAAAGGAACGCCGACGGAUCUAGUUCGAUGUGGUCCUCCAACGCAGUCUUCCUUUCUCCGCCACUCUGGGAUUCUUGACCUCAAUGUUGUCUGGAUGAAGCAUGAAGAAAGAUACAUUAAAGAUUUCAACCUGAAAUAUACAACAAUGGGUGAAGAACGGAAGGUUUAUGCAAAGCUUUUCAAAGGCAAAAAUGGCAGAGUGGACGGUCUGGACUCAAGUCAGAGUUACAUGGUGCAGAUAAAGUGUGACAGAAACAGCGACUGUUCCCAGUGCCCCUGGAGUCACAGCUACAUCAUCCCUCCAGAACUGAAAACAAAACCUACUCUCAUCCAUCUUGAAAAAACGAACCAUCCAACUGCAAAAGGAAUUCGUUUGGUGACAAUCACUUGGCAGACUGUGGAGAUUGAUAAGCUCGAUGGAUAUUUCAUAAACGUUCAAAAAGCCUCCGGAGAGCCGCCCAAAAACCAAUUUAACACCAGUGAGGGUGCGAUCUCACUUCAUCUGUCCUGCUCGGCGUUUACGGUCCACAUCAGCGCCUUCAACAAUGUCAGCGUUUCUCCAGUUCUCACCCGAAACAUAGAAAACUGUGACGCCGUAACAAGCAUGGGUGCUGAGAGAUUACAUGUCACAGUCCAUAGCAAAACUUCUUUUACCGUCCAGUGGGAUUCUCAACUCCUGGACAGCUACAACUGCUACUCUGUGGAGUGGAGUCGGAAAAAUCAACAUAAAACUGAAUAUUUAUCAUUCUUUGAGGACGUAGCAAGUAACAAGACGGUGAACUUAACAGAAUCUUUGAAGCCAUACAAGAGGUACAUGCUUUAUCUACACACGAGGCCGAAGAAAGAGACCUGCGAACUGAAGCAUGUGAACGGCAGCGAGAGCACAUAUGGAAGUGUGCAGUUCUACUACAAGGAAGGAACUCCCAUCAGUCCCCCUACAAACAUCAGCUAUAAUAAUGUAACGUCCAGUUCGUUGGUGCUGACGUGGUCUCCCAUCCCAGAAGACGACCUCAGAGGCUUUCUCUUGGGCUAUAUCAUUUACUACAAAGAAUACAGCAGCAGAGACACGUCAGCAGCAGAGAAAGUUGCUUAUGUAGGUGCAGAGACGACCAGUUAUGUGAUCGAAGACCUCAAACCAGGCACCGGAUACAAUGUUGAGAUUUCAGGUUUCACUCGGGCUGGAACAGGAGUAAGAAGCAUCAAAGGCAUUUUUCAGACAUGUACACAAGUGUAUAUGAAAGACACAGUGAUUAUAAUGAUCUUUGUUGCUGCAAUCGUCCUGCUGGUGGUGGCGUGUUCAAUAGUAAAAAGAAUGAAAGCAGUUCUUUGGCCAAGCCUUCCAAAUCCAGAGAACAGCAAUGCUAUACAAAAAAUGGAGAACUCCAGGGAGAUUGAACAACUCAAGAUGCUUCAAACUUUGCAAGUGGAAGAGUGGCACACAAAUGAACUGCUGAUUAUCAAAGAACAAGCGACGGUCAGUGUUCCGCAUCUCGUCACCGCAGAGAGCAAAGUCUGUACGAGAGCGUCAGUACGAGACUCAGACACACCGCUGAAAUCACUUCUCAGUCCUCAAACCGCUUUCACCUGCGGAUACACGACUAUGGAAAUGUUUCAGCAACUUCUGACGUUUCAGAGCAGCCCCUCUAUGACUCAAAAAGCCAGAGAGAGAUUGAUACAAGACGAUGUGGGUGAAACCAAACCGGGCCAGAGCGAUGUCGGACAGUUUAGCUCCAGCUCCCUCUUUGAUUUAUCCACGACAUUCUGA